ACGUCACGCAGAUCUCGUACCCGCCCUCGGAUGCGAUCUCUCGAGAGUAUACGGUUUGAUUAAAAGGAUAAUAAAUGAUGAAACUGAAUCUCAGUACAGUGUUUUCAUUUCGGAACACUUUGUAGAAACUCGUAUUGUUUUUUCAGACAUUUUAUUUUCGUUUUUCCUAAAAAAAAAAAAAAAAAAGUAACAACGGCGGGUGGUAGUGACGUCAUCGGCCGGGGACCGAGUGAAGGCGGAGCAUCUGAAGCAGAUUAGUGGAUUACAGCCUCAGAGACAGCAGCUAGCUGCGACCUCAACUCUUAAUCCGGAUCCAAUUAGACUCUGUGAACAAUUUUCUACGGUUUUUAUUGAAGAGACACCAAACUGCUUCGACACAAACUGCGUUAAAAGGCAGAAGACGUCACGAGCCGCUGCGAGGAGACGCAGCAACCCGGUUUCCUUGACAACGGUUGGAGCUCACCUGUGCAGCAGACCAGGUGUUCCUGUCAGACGCCGUCAUGUCACCUGUGGAGUCUGGCAGUGAUGGAGGGAAGUGGCUGGACGCUCACUACGACCCGGUGGCAGGUCUGUACACCUUCUCGUCCUGCGUGGACUUGGCGGACCUGAGCGGGGACGGGGAGAGCCGGCUGGUGGUGGGGGACCUGGGCUCCGGCUCAUCAGGCAUGAAGCUGAAGGUGUACCGUGGCACGGCGCUGAUGAGCGAGAGCACCCCUGACCUGCCCGCCGGCCUCGUCGCCUUUUUCAUGGACCUGCACGAGCCACGCAUCCCCGCCGUCGCCGUGGCGUCCGGCCCCUGCAUCUACGUCUACAAGAACCUGCGGCCAUACUUCAAGUUCACCCUGCCCAGCCUGGAGGUCAACACGCUGGAGCAGGUCAGUCAGGAUUGUUGGCAGCAGGUGAGGGAGGGUCAGAGCGACCCCCUGACCAUGAAGGAGAUGUUGGAGAGCAUCAGGAAGAAGGCCGACGUGCCGCUGUCCGUCCGCUCACUCAGGUUCCUCUCGCUGGAGACCGACGACAUGGACGAGUUUGUCCAGCUGCACAAGCAGCAGCCAAUCAGGCGACAGACGGUCAUCACCUGCAUCGGGACUCUGAAGAAGAGCACGGCCGACGAGGAUGGCGUCAGCUGUCUGGUGAUCGGUACAGAGAGCAGCGACGUCUACGUCCUUGACCCUGAAGCUUUCAUCAUCCUGUCCAAGAUGUCGCUGCCCGCCGCUCCCACCAUGAUGGAUGUGACAGGUCAGUUUGACGUGGAGUUUCGCAUCACGGUGGCGUGUCGCAAUGGCAACAUCUACAUCCUGCGCAGGGAGUCGGACAAACCGAAGUACUGCAUCGAGCUGCCGUCUCAUCUCGGUCUGGUGAGAGUCGGGAAGAACGUGGUGGUCGGCUGCACCGAUGAAAGCCUGCAGGGCUUCACGCAGAAGGGGAAGAAGCUGUGGAAGGCAGUCCUCGCCGCUCCCAUCACCACCAUGGCUGCCAUGGACCUCCCCACUCGGGGAUUCCAGGCGGUUCUGGUGGGCCUGGCCAACUGCGAGGUCCAGCUUUACCGGGACAAGAACCUCCUGAGCUGGAUCAAGACACCCGAUGUGGUCGACAGCAUCUGCUUCGGCCGGUACGGUCGCGAAGACGGGACGCUCAUCAUGACCACUAAAGGAGGAGGCCUGAUGGUGAAGAUCCUGAAGAGGACGGCGGCGUUCGAUGACAGGGACAGUGCUCCCGGGCCGCCGCUGGCCCAGAGCGUCCGGCUCAAUGUGCCCAAGAAGACAAAGCUGUACGUUGACCAGCUGAGGGAGCGAGAGAACGGCCUGGCCAUGCACCGCGCCUUCCAGAUGGACCUGAGCCGCCUGCGCCUGGCGGCGGCCAAAGCCUACGUCAAAGGCGCUGAGUCCAGCCUGACACCGAUGUCCUCCAGCCUCACCGAGCCACUGAAGAUGAACGCCGUGGUGCAGGGUCUGGGUCCCUCCUUCAAACUGACCCUGAACGUCCAGAACACGGCAGCGGUGUCGCCCGUCAUGAACCUGGCCAUCAGCUUCCUGUACGAUGAGAGCCUGUACCGGAUGAGGAACCCCUACAUGAGGAUCCCGCUGGUGCCUGGACUCAUCUACCCCGUCGAGACCUUUGUUGAGUGCACCAGCGACAAGGGCAUCGACAUCAUCAAGGUGUUCGUCCUGCACGAGGGGAGGAGCUCGCCGCUGCUAACUGCCCACAUCAACAUGCCCGUCAGCGAGGGACUGACGCUCAACUGACAUCACACGACGCCUCAACUUCAUCUGAAACGGACUGAUCUGAGGACAGCGAAGCUCACCUGGUGUCACAUCAAGGUCAGACCAGGUUCUCGACACAGGAAUCAGACUGGAGACCACUUCCUGUUGACUCUUGUCCAAUCAGCAUCCGUCUGUGUGAUGUCCUGUUGAUUUGUUAGUAAAAUUAAGAGCGAUCCUCAGGUGUGAAACAGUCCACCUGCUGGACGGCUCAUACUUGUUAUGAAAUCUGACUGGAGCUCAGCAGAACUCCAUUUAUAAAGGGUUAGAUUUAAAGGAGCUGCUGAUGUAUCAGAUCAGAUUCUAGUGAAUCUUUUAUUCCUCAGAAACUGAAGUCAUGACGUGAAAUGACCUCAUAGAGUCACUGAACAUGUGAUGUGCUCAGUUUGUUGAUGAGGUUAAAACCGUAGAGAUGCAGAAUUCAAACUACAGAUUCAUCAACAUCAUCAUCAUCAUCAGGCUGUUUGGGAUCAAACACACUCAGGCAAACAUUAACAGGACUCAGAUGUUUAGAUAUGACCUGUUUUUUUUAAUGUAGUCUUUUAUGAGGCACAGUUUGUACAGAAUUAAUCUUUUGUGACAAAUAAAGGCAGAACUUUAUUUACA